AUGGCGGAAAAAGCAGGAAAAAUAGAGGGAGUAGAGAAGGUUUGCAAGAGAUGCAAACAGACAUAUACUUCAGCUUCUAACAACUCAAAUUCCUGUCGAUUUCAUCCUUCUUUCUUUGUCUGUCGUCGUCACGACGAUCAGAAAAGGUAUUAUGAACUAGGACCAGAUGAUCCUCCUUAUGCUGCCAAGUUUUAUGAUUGCUGUGGAGCAGAAGAUCCUGAAGCAAGUGGUUGUACCACCAGUUUCCAUGUUUCAUAUGAUGAUGAAUAGGAAGAUUCUCAUGGUUGUUAUGUAACCUUUCUGUAAAUUAGAAACUGUACGUGAAAGAAUUUUGCCCUUUGAUCUGAAAUGGACAGUCUCCACAUGGUCUACAUAUUUUAUAAAGGCACUUGAUAUGCUCUUGAUUU